AUGUCACACCCUGAGCAGCUUUUCCUAGGAGUGCGCAACCGAACUGACCCUGGCACCCGCCUUGCUGCAGACACUGCUGCCAAACACGCGCCUGGUGCAUUUGCUCACACUACGGCCGCUCGCACUUGGAGUGAGUUUUCUGUUGAACGCGAGCAUUUAAGUCUUCGCUUCAUGUCAAGCGUUACCCACGUGGGCUGCUCCUCGCGGGCAGCUCUCCCGUCACAACUACCCCAGUUCAGGGUUUUUGUAAAUAGAACCAGAUCUUUUCCUUUCUCUUUCCAUACAGAUGAGAGCAGGCUUUCCAGUGUCUUCUGUGAGGAGUCUCAGAAGGUUAUGGAUGUGCAGUCCUUUGCCCUGGCUGCCAGGUAUUACUCUUUGUCAAACCUUGGCAUGUGUACACCGUUGGAAGAGUUACUUGAAGCCCUGAGAGGAGACCAUCAAGAAAGAAACGGCAUUAAAACUGAUGAAUUCAUGAAUAAUAAGAAAUCACAUGAAGUGCAGGUGAUGUCAGAGCUGGUAGACAGCAUAGCAAGUUAUUAUGGCAUAAAGCAGGUAAUUGAUAUAGGUUCUGGAAAGGGCUACCUGAGUUCCUUUUUGUCCAUGCACUAUAACUUAAAAGUUUAUGGAAUUGAUUCGUCAAACAGCAACACUCAUGGUGCUCAUGAAAGGAACAGGAAAUUGAAGAAGCACUGGAGAGCGUAUGAGAGUCGGGCGAGAGCAAAUCUCAAAAGCCAGAAGUCGGAAGAGGUGAAUGAUAGGCCAGUGCAAACUGAAAUUAAAUGUGAAUCAAAUACUGAUGAAAAGCCCUUAAAUAAUAACAGUGAUCUUCAAAGUCAGUUCCGAGUGACUACCCAAGAUUCUGGUGUUUUCACAGAGAUAGCUAAACCUGAAACCAGCAAACAAACUGAAAUUAAUUUGGCGGCUCAGACACAAUCUGAUGAGGACAAACUUUCAGGAAAUAUUCUUGAUAUUCUAAAUGUUCUGCCUGCUGAUGCUGUUGAUAUUUUUACUUCAUCUCGGCGUGACUGUGAGGAGCUCUGUGAAGAGGAAAAGACACGGAGAAAAAUGGCUUCUCUCCAGGCUAAAGCAAGCAAGUCAAGUGAAUCGAAUCUUUAUUUUCCAUUGACCUCCUACAUCACAGCAGAAACAGAACUCAGUGACAUCAUUACAGAUCUGGAGGACUCUAUAAUGGUUGGUCUUCAUACAUGCGGAGAUCUUGCUCCAAAUACAUUACGAAUUUUUACUGCCAAGCCUGAAAUCAAAGCAGUUUGCAGUGUAGGCUGCUGCUACCAUCUGUUGUCAGAACAGUAUGAAAACCAAGAAGAUGGCACUGAAGAAGUGUGGGGAUUUCCCAUGUGUCAGUACUUGAAGGAUGAGGGCUGGUGCUGUGGUCGCAAUGCUAGAAUGUCAGCGUGCUUGGCUUUGGAGCGAGUUGCAGUUGGCCAAAUGCUGCCUACAGAAUCAUUGUUUUAUCGAGCUGUUCUUCAGGUUAUUAUAGAGGAAAAUUACGGUGUCACCAAAAGUGAUCAACAUGUUGGAAAAAUUUUCUCCAAGUCAUCCUCCUUUGUAGACUAUGUAAGAAAAUCUUUGAAAAAAUUGGACUUAGAUGAUGCAAAGCUCUCAGACAACUGUAUAAUGGAUUACUAUGAAAAAUACAAGGACCGAAUGAAUGAGCUCGAAGCAUUUAAUAUGUUGAAGGUAGUUCUGGCGCCCUGCAUAGAAGUUUUGAUUCUUCUGGAUCGUCUUUGCUACCUCAAGGAGCAGGACAACAUUGCUUGGUCUGGACUUGUGAAGUUAUUUGAUCCUGUGAAAUCUCCCAGAUGCUAUGGAGUUAUUGCUCUGAAGAAACAGUCAUGUUCUGAGGUGGAAACACAACUACAGAUAGGUUGAAAUCUCUGUACUGAUACUGCCAUUUCGUCACUUUUUUCCCAUUUUUUGUAAGUGAUUCCUCAAGUAUGCUGAUGCAUUUGGUAACUGUUCAGUUUAUAUCUGCAAAAGUAAAAAUCACAGUGCCUCUGUAAAUCAAGAGAAAUAAAUAGUGGUGUGUAGUUUUUUUAUAAAUACCAUUGUCUCCUUAUGUCAGUUAUUAAAUAAAAGGUCUGAUUUUUAUCAUAAAAGUUAUGGCCCAUAUUAUGUGACUAAUGUUUUAAAAUAGCUUAAAUGUUUCUUCUUGUUACUGCAUCUUACUUCUGUGUUCACGCCCCUUCUCUUGGUGAUUUCUUCUUUUACUUGCAAGAUGACUCUUCCGAACUGUAAACCUUCUCAGCCCUCGCCAUCGGUUGGCAUCAGCCGUUGCACUGACCUUGCCUUUGCUCCACUGUUUGCUGGAUUCGGAUUGUGCAUGCCUUAUAAAGAAUAUUAACCUGUGCUGCAGGCAGGAGGUGGUUAAACCAAAUGAAAUCUUCGUACUUCCCUGUUCACAUCAUCAGGACCAGCUCCUUUAUGUAGGAACUAGAAAAUCCUAGAACUUGCCUAACACCAGAUAGUGAAUAUCCCCAAGAAGUGGUUUUGCAUUAACCGCUUUGUCUUUCAGGCUUAUUUCUGGUGUACUUGGUCACUGGUCAUACUGAAAAAAUCUGCUGGGUGUGAUCCAGUUGACUGGGAAGCUCUCCAGUGUUUGAGAGUCAGCUGCCCUGCUGGGUUUCAUGCUGCAACCCGUCGGUUAUAGCAGGAGACUGUGAUCUGGCCCAAAUGUGUUGGGUAUAAAUAUUUGAGUGCCCGAGUGAGUUGUAACUCCCUCCCUAGUUUCUCCUUGGCAGAAGUGAAUUCAGGAAUGGGAAACUUCUUU